GUCCAUUCAUAUCUUACCUUAAAGGCGGAGGACGGAGAAGACUCCAAUAGCGUAGGGCAGUAGGCGGGACGUGAGGGGUGAGCGGGUUAGUCUGAUCCUAUCGUGUGUGUAAGUGAAUGUGAGAAUCACAGAGACUGCAGGAGAGAGGAGAGGAAAGGUAAAGAUGGGGAAUGUUCUAGCUGCAAGUUCUCCUGCUCCCCCUCCAGCAGGAUCCCCUCCAGCCCCAGGCUUAGUAUCUGUACCUCCUGGCUUCACAAUGCCCCCUGUGGCUGGGUUGACCCCCACUCCAGAUAAGAAGGAAACACAAGAAGACCGGUUACCAAACCCUGGCACAUUUGAGGAGUGCCACCGCAAGUGUAAAGAAUUAUUCCCAAUCCAGAUGGAAGGCGUAAAACUGACUGUAAACAAGGGGCUUAGUAACUAUUUUCAGGUGAAUCAUACAAUCUCUCUCAGUACGAUUGGGGAGUCUAACUAUCACUUUGGGGCCACCUACGUGGGAACGAAACAGUUGGGCCCAACAGAGGCAUUUCCAGUUCUGGUCGGGGAUUUGGAUAAUAGCGGCAGUCUCAAUGCUCAGAUAAUUCAUCAGGUCGUUAAUAACAUCAGGACAAAAAUUGCAUUGCAGACCCAACAGUCAAAGUUUGUGAACUGGCAAAUGGAUACGGAAUACCGAGGUGAAGAUUUUACAGCUGCGCUCACAAUGGGAAACCCAGAUAUAUUAGUCGGAUCAGGUAUCCUGGUAGCACAUUAUAUGCAAAGUAUCACUCCUAGUCUGGCAUUAGGAGGGGAACUAGUGUAUCAUCGGCGUCCUGGGGAGGAGGGAACUGUCAUGUCUUUAGCAGGAAGAUACACAGCUCCUAACUGGACGGCGACACUCACCCUUGGGCAGGCAGGAGCACAUGCUACCUACUACCACAAAGCCAACGACCAGCUCCAGGUGGGGGUGGAGUUCGAGGCCAGCGCCAGAAUGCAGGACACAAGUGUUUCAUUUGCUUAUCAGUUGGACCUCCCCAAAGCCAACCUACUGUUUAAAGGCUCUGUAGAUAGCAACUGGAUAGUUGGUGCCACUCUAGAAAAAAAGCUGCCUCCUCUUCCACUCACUCUAGCCAUGGGAGCUUUCCUCAACCACAAGAAAAACAAAUUCCAGUGUGGCUUGGGCCUGACUAUUGGUUAACAUUGUGUUCCUCGUCUGAGCUAGUGGUCUCCCCUCUACACCCUGACUUGUUGGCCUCUCUUUACUUACUAACUUCUCUGCCAGUCUUCUUACUCGCUCUUCCUCCCCUACUCCUGCCAGGCUUCAUUUUAAUGUUUAUUUUAAUUUAAGGGGAAGGAAGGCAGUGAUAGAUGGGGUGAAAAAAGAAAUAUUUAAACUAUGCCUUCAGUAUCAAGGGGAAGCCAUCAUCCUCUGUUCUCUCUGCAGUCUCUGAUUAAUGGGCAUGGUCUUUUCUCUACAAUGUUUUGUCCUGUUUAUUGGGGGGGCUGUCUCUUCUUGUGUCACACUUGUCUCUGUUUAUUAGGGGCUGUUUUCGGUUUAACCCUUCCACCCCUGCUGUCUCUGGUACCUGCCGGAUUGAGGGCUUUCUUUUCCCUCUUUAACUUAAAGGAGAACUAAAGCCAAACUAAAGAAGUAGGUCGAAAUGUUAUACAUUAUGUUUUGGGCUUCUGUACCAGCCCAAGGCAACCACAGCCCUUUAGUAGUAAAGAUCUGUGUCUCCAAAGAUGCCCCAGUAGCUCCCCAUCUUCUUUUUGCUGAUUCACUGCACAUGCUCUGUGCUGCUGUCACUUACUGAGCUUAGGGACCCACUCACAAUAUACAGUACACAUAGAAUAGAAAUGUCACAAUAUAAGGCUGAUUAGUAAUUAAUACAGAUAAUUACUACAUGGCAGCACAGAAACCAGUGCAAUUAGCAUCAGAAUUUAAUAAUCAGCCCUGUAGCAUCAGUUUAUAUUACUGACCAACCUCAUUUUCUGCUGGAUAAUUAGUGACGAGCCCUAAGCUCAGCUUCUCAACAGCUGCUCAGAGCCCACUGAGCAUGUGAGUGUCACAGACACUUUCCAAGAUGGUGACCCCCUGUGACAAGUUUGAAGUCCUGGAUCAUUGCUGCUAUUGACAAGCUGACACUUUAGGCUGCUGCAAAAAAAUUCAGUAUAUAAAAUGUCAUUUUUAGUCAUAUUCAUUUUUAUGGUUUAGUUCUCCCUUAAAGGUUUUCCUAUUCUUCUCUGACCCUUACCUGUUUCAUAUCUGCUAGGUGAGGAUGGAAUCUUUGAGACAGCUGGUCUAUCAAACUGACUGUGUUGCCUCUCUGUCUGCUGGAUCUCUACCAUUAGGUUAUUCUCGUAUAUCCAAGAUCAAGCUUCUUAUGAGGCCUGUGCAAACAUAAUACUGAUCUUAUGCUGCUGUCUGGGGUUGGUGGGAGAGGGUAAGUCCUGCUGCUGACUGUGCCCCCUCAAUAGGAGUGUGGAUGUAAAUCAUGUUUAUAAGUUAUACAAACACAGAUCUUUUACACAAAAUGGAAGUGAAGCCCAAAGCGAAGUCAUUGCUGGGCAUGUUCGGCACAAAUAAAGUGACUUCUGCAAAGGGAAUAUAUAUAUA